AUGAGCUCUUCCAUGCUGCGCAGCGGAUUGCAGCUGGUGGCGAUCGACUAUAGCAAUCCUCAGCUGCAGUACCCCGGCGGCCCGCUGCUGGACGCCGCCGUCUUCAGCUACGAUCCAUUGAGCGAAGACAGCGCCGCGCUGCACCAGUGCGUCUCGGUUGUGAACAGCCCGCCAGUGACGUACGGCGUGGACGAUCUGCUGGGCCGCAUUACCAAUGUGGAGUUCAUGGCCACGGCGAGCAGUCCGGAGGAGGCUGUGACCGGAGUGCCAAUGCACUACAGACUGGCGUCCUCCCUGGAGCCGAUGUUGAAUGCCACACUGAACCCAGCCAUCACCGCCGUUGUCGACCACUGCGUCAGCUCGAUGGUGCUUGUGUACGGUGCAACACAGGAGAUGAAGCAGAUGGGCCUGAUUGGUACCCCGGAAGCGUGCGGGUUGCUGCCGCAUGGCAUUCGCACGCUAAUGGAGCGCUUGCUCGACCGCAGGGAGCUCCAGCUGUCAAAGGCGGCGAGUUUUAACUGCACCGCAAAGCUGACCGGUGACCGGGCCGCUGCAGCGCCCGACAGCGCUGGCUCGAACGCCUCGUCGUCAGUCCCACCCCGUGCGGCGGGGAGCGUGUCACCACCCUUCGCCGGCGGAGACGACGCUGUCUCGGACAGCGACCACACCGAAGGCGUGCCCAGUCGCUCUGGCACCUCGCAGGCGCACAGUUUCGUUUUCCCGUCUAUCGGUUCCCGACACCACCGGUUUGUGCGCAUGGAGGCGACCUUCAUUGCCUUCGACUCGACCAGCGUGGUGGACUUGCUGGAUCUAUCUAACAAGCACGCGGAGCUCGUGCUGAGGCUUGCGCCUCCACCGACACCGUCUGCGUUCGAGGAGAAGACAGGCGAUGUGAACUCGGCGACCAGUGCGUCUGCCACGACGGACUCGUUUGUGCUCAACGCGCAAGCGAUGCCGGUUGAGAACACGAACGACGCCCUCUCUGCGCUCGACGUCGGCCUGGACAACUUGACUCGGGCGUUGGAGCUGCCUCUCUUGCAUUCGGAGUCGGGCUCGUCCUUGCUCUUUUCGCUCACGGCCUUCACCGACACGUGUCGGUGCGCGACGAUGCACAUCUUGUGCCUUGCCGAAGACCCGGCAGCGCAGACUUGGCUGGUGUCGACCGUGCAGGCCCGCAGUCAGGCGAUUCCACUUGGUGAGGAGCAGAGCUGGGCGUCCAUCCAGAACACGCCGAUGCCGCCGCCGCUGCACCACCACGCCGCCACGAUGCUUGUGCCGGCGCUCUGCUUUGGCAACGUGUUCACCUCUGCUCUCAUAUGUGUGUACAACUCCAUCACAGCGCUUAGCCGGCUAAACCGUGACUUGACGUUAGCCGUGACAGGAUACCGCAUGCGCACCAUCCCGCGCGUGACGCUGGCGAGCUCGCGGCGCGGGCUGAAGAAGCUGCCGCCGAGCUGGGAGGAGCACUUCACAAACGACGGCCGACGCUACUUUAUCGACACCUCCACGCAGACGACCACAUGGAAGGACCCGCGCUUUACCUAUCCGCAUUGCUCAUCGCGCUCCGGCGGUUUGACAGGCAACAACCCAAGCGGAGGUGGCACUGGCGCCGCCAGCGGAAGGUCGAGUCGCAGCGGCAGCCCUCACCACCCCCCACCCAGUCGCAUCAAUCUCGGUCCAGGCGACAAAGAUUUCUUGAUGAGCCGCCUUCAGCAAGAGAUGCAUGGCGGUAGCAUCAGUGUCACGGGCAGCACCGGCAAGACUCAGCAGCCCACGGUAGGUGCCCCCGCUGCAGGCGAGGAUUCCCUUGAUAUCGGCAUCAUCGUCGUGGACACGAUGUGUCGACCGCGCGUGCUGAUCCACUCACGGAAUCCACAGUUUGCCUUACAGUAUCACGAGCAGGAGGAGGUGCUGCGUGCGAAGCAACGAGAGUUGGAGGAGGCCAAGGUGGCGCUGCGGCGGAAGGCGAAGGCGGCAGCUGUGCCAGGCGAAGCCGCAGGGGAGGCACAGGAUACCGGGCCCGCAAUCGUGCCGGCUACUGCCAAGCCGCGGGAAGCCGUGCAACCCAUUGCCGAUCGGGCUGCGCCAACGCAGGGCGUGGACUUGGCCCACUCUUCUCCAACUUUAGGGAAGGGGGUAGUUGGGACGGUCAACGUUGAUGACGAGGAGGUGUCAGCGCUGCGCGACAGAAACUCAGUCAAAAUCGAAGACUUCAUGCUGGAGGAUGAUACUGAAGAAAGUGGCGAAGAUGAUGAGGCGUGCGGCACCGAGCAGAUUUCAGCACUCGCGUCCGCCUCUAACGCGGGUGGAGGCGCGGUCCCACAGAGUUGCCAAGCCUCUAGCGCUGAGGCGCGCUUCUACGCCAACGCGCUGCAGGAGCAGGCUGUCGGCGUCGACGAGGUGAGUGCGUCGAGCACUGUGUCAUCCACAGAAACCUCCGUGACCGUAUCAACAGCGAUCAAGAGUGCUGCAGCGUCGAGAAGUAGAAGUAACAUCGCAUCUGCUGCGUCUGAUGAGCAAAGUUCUAGCGUCAUCAGCGAUGCCCCGCACGGUGGCAUCACGAUGGCACCGGCCCCGCCAGAGGUGCAGGACUUGGAGUCGCUGGUCGACGAGUUUACCACCUUUUACAGACGAGCCUUUGAGCUGCAGCAGCGCGUUGUGGAGCUUGAGGCAGAGCUGAAGAGGUUGAAGUCGACUGCGCCUUCGUCGUCGCCGUUGUCGUUGCCAGCGGCAACGGAAGCCUCUGGUGUCGGUGUGCAUGAGUUGGCGCAGCAGAUGCUCAAGGCGGUGGAGAUGUCGCCGUCAGCUGAGGUGCGCGCCGCGCUUGCGCCGAUGCUGACAAACGCUGCGUCCACCGUGCCGGCAACGGCUACAGCUUCGGUGGUGCUGCAGGCAUUUCACGAAGCUCUGCGAAUGGCGGGGCAGACCAGCCGUGCGGGAGGAAGCGCGAACGCUGCUCCAAAACAAUACUAA